CUUCACAGUUGUUAGACUGGUGACACUUUCUGUUUGUAGAUUAAGAGCGAUAAGAAUCAGCUGUUAGGCUACCCUUAAUCACUUAUGGCUGGGUUUUACUCACUGUAAGGAGCUCAGAAUGAGAAAUAUGAAGAUUGCAGAACUGCUGUUGUUUGCAAUGGCAGCAUUGCACAGUGGGAUAACAGAAGACAUAGAUUUUAUUGUGGGUAACUGUAAUGAUAUCCUCAGACUUCCUUGCACAGCUACUGACCGAACAAAAACUUACCGUUACGUCAUGUGGUAUAAAAACAAUAAUAUUCCUGUCGUGAAGAGGAAAAAACAUGACAUUACAUACUAUAACAUGACCAAUGUUUUUCUGGAAGAUAAAGAAACCCUGUUGUUAAAUAAUGCACAACCUUCAGACUCUGGUACAUAUAAAUGCUACCUGGCUGCAGAGGUUGGAGGUCAAAAUGACGAUUCUUUCAUUGGAUUAAAUGUCUCAGAAUGUUUGGACGUGAGCACAGUUUAUCCCAUCAACACCACGAUCUCUGCUAAUUCCCAUCUUGCUGUAGAAGAAUUUACUUUUCCCUGGGCUGUGAUUGGUUUUUUUCUUAUUAGCGUCACCAAAAUCAGUUUUUGCAUUGUAACUGUGUGGGUGUGUGAUCGAGUCAUAUUUAGAACAGUAAGAAGAAAACAGGAAGUAAGGGGAAGCAAGACUGGAAGGUCAAGCUGGAAAAACUAAGAUUCACAAAAAGCUGAUGGGGUCAUUUUAGUUUUACACAUCCAUUAGCCAAGUAAAAACAGUCCAAGCCUGUAAACAUUUACAAGGUUGUUCACACCAUUAGGUUGUGUUGAUAGGAUCUGUUUUAUUUCUUUGUGGUUUUGCUAUUCUUAAUUACUUUUUUAUGGAUGGUUUAUUCCUGGGGGAAGAAGGAUGGGCUAUAAUGGGAGCUGUUUUAUAGGUGUUGAGGGAGACGAGAGUCAUGGAGGGCUGCAAUUCAUUAGGCCUGUGCUCUGCCACAGCUGCACACUGUUGCCGUUUGUUUGUUUUUACAUUUCCCCCCAUAUUUUAUCAUUGUAUUUCCUCUGUAAAUAUUUUUUACUGUCUGCAUCAAAUUUAUGUACUUUAUGAAUCUUAAGGUUUAUUAUGAGAGCUGCCAGUCGAUGAAAUUUUUAAAUCUAAUUAAUUACAUAAUGUGGUGAUUAACUAAUUAUUUUUUAUUAAUUUGACUGUGAAAAUACCCUUAAAAGAUCAUUUAUAGCUAUUGUGUUAAAUGAGAAAAGUAUCAAGUAGACAUUCCAAAAAGGAGCUUUAGAAAGAAAUAUUUUAUUUGAUUAAAAAAAGAAAGAAAGUAAAAUAUAAUACACGUUUAGGCCACAACUGCCUAACAUAAACUAUAAUACAAGAUAAGAAAAAUCGAA